AUGCUUAUAAAAAGAGGACUAGCACUGAAUCCAUUUUAUCAUUCAAUAAUACAUUUUCCCCUUUUUCUUGCCACUUUUCUCACCAUAUUGCUUCUCAUUUUCACUGUGAAGUUAUUAUCCAAGAAAAAACCAACUCUACACUUGCCUCCAGGUCCAUGGAAAUUGCCUUUCAUAGGAAGCAUUCACCAUUUAAUUGCAAGCCAAUUACCUCACCAUACUAUUAGAGACUUGGCCAAAAAACAUGGCCCCUUAAUGCACUUGCACCUCGGUGAGAUCCCAAUGGUUGUUAUUUCGAGUCCUCGUGUAUCCCAAGAGAUACUAAAAACUCAAGAUCUCGCUUUCACAAAUCGUCCCGAGCUUUUAAGUAUCAAAAUUUCGACAUACAACUAUUCAAACAUCGCGUUUGCACCUUAUGGAAAUUACUGGAGACAAAUGCGUAAAUUAUGCACGUUGGAACUAUUGAGUGCAAAGUCAUUUGCCUCUAUUAGGAAAGAAGAAGCAUUCAAUCUUGUUCAUUAUGUUGAAUCAAAAUCUGGAUCAAUUGUUAAUCUUACAGAAAAGAUAUAUGCCCUCACAAAUGCUGUAAUUUGUAGAGCAGCUUUUGGGAAGAGGAGAAAAGAAGAAUCAGUCUAUUUCAUGUCUUUGAUAGAGGAAUUCUCACUAAUGAUAACAGGUUUGGACAUAAGUGAGGUGUUUCCUUCACUCAAGUUUCUGCGAGUCAUUACUGGCACUAAAGAAAUAUUAUUGAAGCUUCACAAAACGUUUGACAAUGUGCUUGACAUGAUAAUAGAGGAUCACAAGCACAAGUAUGAUGAAGAAGAGUCAUCAAGAAAAAAUGAUUUAGUUAAUUUGCUAUUAAACCUCCAAGAAAGUGACACUCUUGAUUUCUCCUUCACUACAGACAAUAUCAAAGCAGUCAUACUGGACAUGUUUCUAGCAGGAACUGAUACUUCAGCGACUGUUCUUGACUGGGAAAUGGUUGAAAUGAUGAGAAAAAAGUUCAAACGAGAAGACUAUGUAGAUAAUUAA